UCAAUUAGAAGCCAUUAAUAAGAACCAGUUGUAGGUUGCCAGGUUGAGAAAAAAUCCUCUGACUGGUUUAAAUUUGUUUUAUUUGGUAAUAAUAAUGCUGUUAUACAUUUUGGUAAUCCAUUUAUAAAUGCUAAGUAAGUUGUUAAUAAUAAAUAUAUUGUGGUCCAAAUCCUCUGCAGCCCAUUCCAGAAAGUAAAUAAUCAAACAUAUUGAUUAGCACAUUGAUCAAUAAUAAAACAUAUAUUUUUUGUGUUUAUGUUUACUUGUUGAUUUUAUUUAUCUCUGUGGCUUUUUAUUUUUCUGUGUAAAGCACUUUGUUAUAUUGGUGCUGUGCACACAAACUUUAUGAUUAUUAUACGGUUUGCUCAGUAAGGGUAUUUUUCACAACCUGGCAACCCAAAUGUUCUUAAUGGCUUAUAACUGAUUUGAAAAGCAUUGGUAAAUGACUUAUUAACCAUGAAUAAAUCCAUUACAUACAACUACUUAACUCCUUAUAAGGAGGCCUUUUUAGAGAGUGGCAUCAAAUUGUCUUUCAUGUAAUAUUUGUAUUCUGCUGUUUUCCCCUAAAGAAUUUAAUAAUCGUAAAAUAAAAAUAAAUAAUUGAAUGUUGAAUUUUGAGUCGCUGCUACUCAAUUAGUCUUAACUCCAAAUCGUAUUGCAAGUGUUAUAUCAGAGGAAAACAGCGUCCUCUUAUAAUAACGACAUGAUCAUAAUUGAAAACAUUUGAUCGAGCGCCACCACCCUCAGAUCCAAGCAGCUUUACUGGGGACAGCCGAACAUUACCGGGAACUGUCGAAACGGAAAACGAAACUCCCGUUUAAUGUGUGCACUUCCUGGUCCAAUUAUAACACUGUCUGUAUGCCUCCAUGAAACACACCGCUCUGCCUCCUCUUCACUUGCGUCCGAACGACGGAUGGGAACGCAGAAACAACGGAUGUAGCCUCAUAUUAUUAUUUAUGUUUCCAGACACCCGCAGCAGCCCGUGCGGCCUGAUUGUGGCCGAUUUCGUACGUGCAAGCGACGCAACUCCUGUUUGGAAUAAAAUUUUCUUUUGUCUGCGCAACUGGAAGCAACAUUUUUUGAUGUGUGAUUAGGGAUUGAUAAGUAAACAAGUCGGCCUGCUCUCAUGAUUAGAGGCGAGGUGAGAUUGAUACCUCAGACUCUCAUUGUCCUUGAUCGCAAGUUGAUUUUUACUUCGGAGCAGAGGAACUGUGGGCUUCAAUGGCGUCAGUUUCGAAGGUGUCUAUUCUGGAUUACUUUAAUAUUGUGUUUGAAGGUGAAAAUGGCAAAAUCGAGUCCAACUGCAAGGCUUGUGGUACCAGAAUCCAGGCGAAGCGGAGCGUCACGUCCAACUUCGUAACGCAUCUCAAGCGAAAGCACCAGGCUAUGUAUGAUGACUUUGUGAAAAGGAAGGAUAUGAAGAGAGAGGGUUACUCCUCUGCUUCCCUGCAUAGUUUCACCACCAAUGGAGGGAAUACCCGCUUCACUCUCCCCAUCAGUACUGGAGUGGGAGCAGGAGGAGGAGGAGGUGUCGGAGGAAUGGGAACUCUGGAGGGAGGAGUAGGAGGAGGCUCUGGAGGAGGGGUGACCAAGUUUGACAGACAUGACCCACGUCAGGUUCUGAUCUCAGAGGCUAUAGCUAAGAUGAUCGUGCGUGAUCUGCAGCCAGUGUCCAUAGUGGAAAAUCAAGGCUUCAGAGAGCUGCUUCAGCUCCUGGAGCCACGUUACACUCCUGAGCGCCAGCACUACAUCCAGAGCCAGCUCCUCCCAGCCUACGCCUACCAGGCCCAGCUAGCAACCCGUCAGGCCCUGGCCUCAACGCACGCCCUCAGUCUCAGCCUGGAUCUCUGGAGGGGCUUAACUGGAGCCACUUCAGGGUACCUUGGUGUCACCUGCCAUUUUCUUACAUCUGAUUGGCAGAUGCGUUCCGCUCUCCUGGCGUGUCUUCCCCUGACCGGGGGCAGCUCAGGGAAUCGUGUGCUUUCAGAAUUUGAUGAAGUAUGUCAAUCUCAUGGCGUGUCAGGGAGAGCAUUUCGUGUUGUUGCGGACCCUUUCUUGGUAACAACAACAGUAAAGCCAUGUUGUCUUCCUGGUUUCCUGGUUUCACCUCUGCUCGCUACUGGGCAAAGCGAAGAUGAUGAAGAAGAGGCAGACAAUAGUAACAAUGUGGAGGAAGGGAUCAGGAAUGGCCAUGGUGACGGUGGAGAGGAAGGAGAAUGGGAGAACUCGUGGGAGCAGGGUCUGGGUGUUUGUCGGGUGGACUGUUUCUCUCGCUCUCUUGAACAGUGUGUCAGUGACGGGUUACGCUCCUGUCCACAGCUCUCUUCCACACUGGCCAAGGCUGCCUGUUUCUAUAACUACAUUACCUCUGCUGUUCCACCUGAGAAACUUAACCAGGUGUUUGAUGGUCCUGGGUUGAUCAUGGGGGGACCAGGAAAUACCCCUCCUGCAGCAAGAGACUGGGCUGCACAGCUUAAGGUACUUCGGCGGCUGCUGGAUUCAGUGGAGUUCCUGGAGGAGAUGAGUGGUCCGGGGGAGCUGGCGCUGGGUGGAUCAGAGAGAGCCCGGCUGAGAGAGCUCACUGACACUUUGGAGCCCUUCACUGAGGCCUGGGACAUGGUGCAUGGGGACAGACAGGCAGACAUCCAGAUAGACAGACAUGUGUCCAUCAGCCUGGCUCUGCCGUGCGUUCUGGGCCUUCGGAAGCAUCUCUCUGAGACCUCAACCCCCCACUGCCCCUCUCUCCUGGUGGGCCUCAGCCAGGCAGUAGAGAGUCGGCUGGCCCCUCUCCUGGAGGACCCUCUCUACAUCACUGCCACCACCUUGGACCCCCAGUUCAAGCUCACUUGGAGCAGCAACCCUGACUGGCACAGACAAGUUCUCAUAGAGGAGUUAUCCAAACAUUCCACUGCCUCCAGACACACAGACCCCAACACAGACCUACAUGCUCAAUCCCAGACCCCUCCUGCCCCUGCUCCAUCGCCUGUCUCCUCACUUUCUCGGCCCUGUAAGCUGUUCUCUUUCAUCAAGCAGAGACCCACAACACAGGCCAAGAGCCUAGAGCAGGAGUUGGCCAUCUACCUACGAGAGGAACCCACAGAUGAAGAGGCUUUGCAUUACUGGCGGCGUAAAGCAAUUGACUUUCCUCUGCUUGCCCAGGUGGCUAAGAGGGCGUUUACCAUACCUGCUUGUGGCACUGUAGUGGAGAGCAUUUUCACUACUGCUGGGCACUGUCUGGGGCCAGAGAGAGGCCGUGUCUUACCAAAGAACCUGGAAACGCUCAUCUACCUCAAAGCCAACUACAGAUUAUUAUGGACUUAAAGCUAAGAGUCAAGCAUUUCUUUUACUUAAAUAGCAACUGAAGGCUUUAUACCUGUAAUAAAGUUACUUCUUGGAUACUAACCUUUGUUCCUCUCUAAGGAAACUGAGCUAGCAACAUAACAAAGUCCUCAUACUACACAUCAUUUGACAUGAGAUGGAAUGAAUUAUCCAGAAUUUCAGAGCCGAGGCUCAGUUUCCAUUCUUAAGAAGGGUUUUCCAGACUGCAGUAGGUGCGGAUUGCUGCAUACGGACUAUCAUACCGCAUGCUGUGGACCAAGGGAACUAGAAGCAGAUCAAUACAAAAGCAUUUACUUUGACAUUAUUUUGCCUGAUCAGGGUCUCCAGACAACCACAAGACAACAAAUCCCCCACUCUCUAUCCUCCCACCCCCAAAGACAGCUUGUGUCUGUACCAACAUUGAUAUGCCAACAAUAACCAAAUGGUCAAUUAUUACAUACUGUUGUAUAUGAUUUUUUUUCACUGAUAUACAAUAAUCCUAGAGGUUGUGACUAAUGCAUUGGAUGUUGUUUUUGAAGGAAGGCAUCAGCUGCUAAAGAAUAUGUCAGUGCAUCAUCCACUUAUUCUUUUUUCUUUUCUCUGUAUGUAUGCCUCAUCAUUGGGACAUCAUAAUAAAUGAGUUUCACUUCCCCAAUGCAGAGGUGUGUGCAGUUUGCA